AUGCUUCUAAUUGACCUAGUUGAGCAGCUCAAAGGUCAUGCAGUGCUUCAAGAGAUCUCCCUCAGUGCCCUUACGACAUUCGCGCGACUUACAUCUCAUCUUAAGCGCGAUGUUCUCCAGCCACAAAGCAUCUGUCAAAGUGACCCUGAACACGCACCUGAUAAGCUUCCCGCCAGCAUCUCUAGUUUCCUCAGCGACGCACCGCGAAUUCCCGAACAACACAUCCAUGACUACUGGAGUCUUCUCAAGGACUAUAUCUGGAACAUGCCUACUACAGCACUUUCUAGUGAGGACUAUACGCUGUUCAAAGAGCAUGGAUGGGUUUAUGGCAUUAGUAAUAUGGUGCUUGACCAGAAUCUUGCAGUGGCGCUGACUCUAUACCCGCCUAAUAUUGUAUGCACCAACCCUGACUGCGCAAAUAUUGUUCCCUUGAAGAAAGAGGAGCAACGCAAAGCAGUCGUUUAUACUUUAUCAAAUGGUGUCCAACUCGCAUGGAAUGUACAUGUAUAUUGUCCAAAGUGCCAAACAAAUUAUCACAACAAUUUCAGUGUCCAGGAUGGUGUCCGAACCUACUACAUGGUAUGUGGAAGUGAAGGUAGUGAGAAUGUGGAUUGCGCAAAUGCUUCUCGGAUGUACUCAAGGUUUUCGGCUACCAAUGCUGCUCGGCUUUAUGAUCUGGCCCUGUCAGAGAAUCUCACGUACCUUGAUGGAUGGUCACUUGGCGGCCAGCUUACAACAAAGCACAUAUGGGAUGGUUUUAGUUUAGUGUCUUUGCUUGACGACCAUCAAACACAAGGAACACUCCUUCGUGUACCUCACACAGGCUCUCAGAGUGACCGCUUCAAGGCUGCAAUGGAGGAAAGAAAUAAGCAGAUUAUUAUGGAAGGGCAGCCUGAUGCUGUUCGUCAUACCUGCAAAAAAUGCAUGCGCAUUUACAAAAUGGAGGAUGGGGAAUUCAGGUUAACAGAAUUAAUCAAUCAACAGGGAAAGUUCAGGCCAUUGUUGCGGAUGGCAUCAGUAUUGGCCGCCCCUGCUGUGGAAUCUUUCAAUGCACUGAGCCACUUCAAAACAACCAACACCGAUUUUGUGCCACACAUUUCGGCCAUCCUUCCGGUUGAACUUAUACCAAAGAAGUUGAGGACGUGUGCAGACCCUAUUCACCAAGAGAUUGAGAGAAAGAAGAAGGCGCGUGGAAAUGCUGCAUUUGUUCUGAAGGACUGUUGGAAAAAUGCCCAAGUGCUUUAUGGUGAAGAAACUCCAGUUGCUGUGACUGGGGAGCACAUAGAUGUUGAGGAUGAAGUUGAAUGGUUUGAGGUAAAUGGCACAGCGGUUGAAAUCUUUAACGAGCAGAACCCUGGAUUGGUCGGCGUCGUUGAGGAUCUUGAUCCUUGCUCAAAAAAAUCAUUGGACGGCAACCGCAAACUCAAAACGCAGCUCUCGAGAAGGAGAACACACAAUGAAGAGACCCUUGUGCGACCCUGUGGCAUAAUAUUUGCGCGCGCAACCAUGUUUGGAGCAGAAGCCGUGUCAAAUUUUCUGAUAAUGCUCAAGAACACAUUUUCCAUCCCAGGAGCAAGCAAGCCUGAACACAUAUUUUACGAUACAAAUUGUGAUGCGAAACAACAGGCAGACGCAUCAGGCGAUCCAUGGUUUCAAGACGUGGGCAUGUGCGUCGACGUCUGGCAUUUCCUGAACAAACACAAGGUGACGCAUGAGUUCUGCCAACUAAAUUGCAACCCAGCGAUGUACCCUGAGCUACAGGAUGAUGACGGGAACUGGUUUUUCAACAUGUCAGUUGCAGAGCAGACAAAUGCAUGGCUUGGCGGAUACAGCUCAAUCAUCAGAGAGAUGCUCCCUGACAAGUAUGAUUUUUUCCUUGACGAAAUGAUCAGGCUCCAUAAUGCCGAAGUGCUCCAGAGAGUCCAAGACAAGUGGAACGGCCAGCAGGCAUAUGUCCACCGGCUACAGCCUCCUCACGGUGAUCCUCAGAGGCGGCCUUCCAUCGGGUGCCAAUUGCCAGGCCAAUUUGAAGUUGACUUAUGUGAGGAUGUCAAGAUGGGGGAAGGAAUUGAGGAGGGGUUUGAUGGUACUGGUGGAGAGGAGGGGCUUGUGAGAGCAAAGGAUGAUGAUGAUGAGGGUCCUUGGGACACAGAGGAUGUCCAGAGGGAUGAGGGGGAUGUGGAUGACGUUAUGGGAGAAUCAGGAAUUGUGACGACGGGAAUCAUGAGGGGAGUGAGACUAGGGAGGUGUCGCUUUCAUGCCGAAGCCUUGGGGAUGUUGUAG